AUGUCAGGCGUUCAACCGGAAUACGACCCCAAGGACAUGCCUUUCCGCAGGCUCGGUUCUAGCGGACUGCGUGUGCCACUGUUUUCUUUGGGUGGAUGGCUCACGUUUGGAGGUACCCUGUUCGGAGAUCCUGUCAAGGAAAUCAUCAAAACUGCAUUCGAAGCAGGCAUCAACAUGUACGAUACCGCAGAGGAAUAUGCCGAUGGGAGAUCCGAGAAAGAGAUGGGACGCGUUAUCAAGGAACUGGGUCUGCGCCGUACCGACCUUAUCAUCACCACGAAGAUAUUUUGGGGAUCAAGGAAGGGGCCGAAUGAUACGGGACUUUCACAGAAACACAUUAUUGAAGGUACUCGGGAAUCCCUGGAACGCUUGGGGCUUGAUUAUGUAGAUGUUAUUUUUGCUCAUCGGCAUGAUGACACUGUUCCGAUGGAGGAGAUCGUUCGCGCGUUCAAUUAUGUCAUUGAGAAAGGAUGGGCUUUCUAUUGGGCUACGUCGGAAUGGAGUGCCCGCGAGAUUGAAGAAGCUCAUCAUGUCGCAAGCAAGCUGAACUUGAUUGCUCCGAUUGCUGAGCAAUGCCAACACAACAUGUUCCAUCGUGAGCGACCUGAGAAGGAAUACGAUGCCCUCUACAAGAAAUACAAUCUAGGAACUACCGCAUAUUCUUGCUUGGCGGGCGGUUUACUUACAGGAAAGUACAACGACGGCAUCCCCAAAGGAUCGCGCUUCGACACCAACUCCGAGUAUUUCAGAGACGACGUUGAAAAAUUGCACGAGCCCAAAGGCCAAGAAAAGUUGCGUAAGAUAAAAGAAUUGACCAAGUUGGCAGAGGGAGAACUUAAUACAACCGUGAGCGCCCUCGCACUCGCAUGGGUCGCGAAGAAUCCCAACACCUCCACCAUCAUUCUCGGCGCGUCGAGUCCUGAGCAGGUCAUGCAGAACCUCAAGGCGCUUGAGGUGAUCCCGAAGUUGACGCCUGAGGUUUUGGAGAAGGUUGAGAAGAUUUUGGGGAAUUCGCCUGAGGCUGCUCCGGGGUAUGGAAGGCUGCUUUUGGAUAGGUUUGGGAGACUUUGA